GCUUGAGCUUCCGAGUAUUGUCGCCAUGGGGCCAUGCUCAACAUCUAAUCUAAGAGCGUUGCCCAGCUCAGGCUUCAACGCUGCCAUCAAUGCUUGUGCCAAGGGAGGUCAUUGGACCAGUGCCUCCUUUCUGUUGGAAGAGCUGAGGCACCGACUCCUGCGUCCCAAUCCCAUCACCCUUGGCUCCGUCAUGUCGUGCGGUUGCGGCUGGGCCACCGCUCUGCGACUCCUCAGUGGUCCCGUGGAUGCCAUCUGUUGGAACGGCGCCAUUGCGGCGGGCGAAAGGACGGGGGAAUGGACCGCGGCCGCCUACCUGCUGCGCUGCAUGGGCCACAGCCGUUGGAGACCUGACAGCGUCAGCUACAAUGCUGCAGGUGCCGCCUGCGUCCUAACGUCUGGCUGGGAGGAGUCCUUGAAGUACGUGGAGGAGAUGGCAACUGGCUUCGAAACAUUCGGAAUUGUUUCUCCUUCUUGAUGAUGGUGAUGAUGAUGAUGAUGAUGAUGAUGAUGCCAGCAACUAACAUUGUUCAGGAGUUUGAAAGCACCAGCCAGGUGAAGCAUCGGUUUCUCCAACCUACAGUGAUCACUUACAACAGUUGCAUUACCUGUUGCGGUGCAGCGGGUCGGUGGCUGAAAGCUGCCGAGCUGUUUGGGUCUUUGAUGCCACGAAGCCUGCGGCCUUCGAUGAUCAGCAGAUGCUCCCUGCUUACGGCGUGUGAAAAGGUCAGGGGGUGGCCGCAGGCCUUGAGCAGUUUCGACGAUUUCGGCGCUGGAGGACGUGUUGCUUCAGCUGUGAUGAGUUCAACUGUGAUGACUGCAUCUGCGAAAGCCUCGAAGUGGCUCCAUGCAGCAGAGCUGGUGGAGUGCCUCAGAUGUGGUGCAAUCCUUCCUGAUGUUGUGACCAUGGGUGCCAUCAUGGAAUCUUUGACUUUCGCAGACCAUGCCUGGCAGAGAUCCAUCUUCAUGCUGACCGAGUUGAGUUGGCGAUCCUUUCUUCCGAAUGAGUUGGUUUGUGGUGCUGCAAUCACGACUUGCUACAAAGCACAAUUGGAAUUUGACAUCCGGGCUGCAGAAAAAGUGGAAUUGGCAGCUUUGGCUGUAGAACUUUUCACCUUCGAGCUCUGCUGCAGCGGGGCCUGGGGCAUCGGCCUGCCGAGCUGUUGGGACGAAGACUUCAACUGGGAGAUGUGCUGCGAACCCGAGCUGCGGCGGCGAGAGAUGGAAGGUCAGAAUACAAGUGACUUGAUACAAAAAGGCCCACGGAAAUGGCAACAGACGAUGUCGGAAUGUAUGGCGAACUAUGACAAACCUGCCAACUUUCAUUUUUUCAGGCGGCACUCGUCCCUUCUGGGCCAUGAUAUUGCCCAUGUUGGGAAUCCUGAGGUGUGCACCGAGGGCGGGCACCGUUUUUAUUGGGGCCUUCUAGCGAUCCGUCUUGGCGUGAAAGAUGUGGCCUUGGAGUUUGGGAUUUGCGUUCCUUCGUCCUGUUCAUACCCUGUGGUGGACACGGUUUUCGUGCCAUACUUACUGGGAAGAUACAUGGGCAAGAAUUGGGGCCCGAAAAAUCUGGAGAUUCUGGGGCGCUGGCACAAAGACACGGACGAAGUGGACAAGGACGACCGCGCCUCGCAUUUCAUGUUCAAAGUAGUGGCGCUCUAUCCAGGAGGUGCAGCAGCAUGGUACAGAGAACAAUGGCCCUACAGACAACAACUUUGGGAGUACCAGCCACGCUGGCGCCCCAAUGAGCAGAACACUUUGAUCCUGGCUUUCCUAGCGGUGCCGCCACUCCUGGCUGGCUUCCUCACAAAAGUCUUGGAGCUUUGUGGUCGAUCUUCAGGUUGGCUGCGGCUUUUUGCUCCACAACGUCACCUGGCAGACCUUUGCUCCAGCUCGACUUCAGCGGAGGACUUGCCAGAUCUCCAUCUGCUGCGGCUACUGCUGCAAAUCAUCGUGUGUUGGCAACAUGUCAUUCUAUUAGUAGAUUGGUUGGGCAACAGUGGCUUCGGCGGGAUCGAAAGCUUUCAACCUCUGACUAGCCAAGUUGCGAAGGUUCUGGGUCGAGUGAACUACACCUUCGCAUGUCUCACUGCGUAUCUCAGCCUGCGUUCCAUGCAACGGGCCCUUCAUGGUCAGCGAGGCUUCUGGAGGACCAGUGCUGUAUCCACCACAUGGUUGCUACGGCGCUGGCUCAGGCAAGCGUGCGAGCUGGGCUUCUGGAUGUGGUUCUUUCUGCGGCUGUCUCGGGACAUCCCUUGGAAGCCGUUUCCAGAGUUUGCCCGAAUCUGGUACCAGGAUCGCAGAGCGACAUGCUCAGCUGCGCCUGUACGCCCCGGCAGUCCCUUGAAGCCCUUUGAGCAUAUGGUGCCUCCGAUGUGGCUUUUGAGUCUGUUGUUUAUUUAUGCGCCUGCCAACGCUGCUUUGAAACUCUACUCACCGGUGGUCACUAUUUGUCACAACAUGCAGAUUUUUGAGAAUCUCUUCGCAGUGAGCGUGUUGGCUGCAGGUCUUGGGCUUGUGAAGCACCUCUUCGGUCGUUUCGGUGACAUUGCAUCCAUAGUUGCAUUUGUCACGCUAACGGCGUUGGGCCUUUGGUGGCAACCAGAGAUCCUCCACGAGGGCUUUCGACCGGGUCACCGCUUUGUGCAAGGGACCACAGCGCAUAUGCUCCCCGGGGCACUGCUCUGCGCGUUGGUGCCAAGCAAAUUUAGUGCCUCCCGAAACGUGGCCGGAAUGCUGGUAGCGAUGUCCCUCUUCGUGGCCUGGCUUUCGCUCCCUCCCACAGAUUUGAUGAGUGGGAUACAACCUGUGGCAGUUGCUGACAUGAAGUUCUCGGCCUCUAAAGCAGCCACCUUCCUCGUCAGCAACUGCCUCCAUGCUGUUGGUGUGGCCCUGCUGCUGAAUGGAAUGCAGAAAACAACUGCUGCAGCGCCAAGUUGGUGGGUUUUAUUGGCCUCGAGACUGUCUUUGGGCAUCAACUUGUCCAACAUCUUCGCGAUUCACUAUAUGCGUGGGCGGCUCCUGCUGAUGCCAAUUGAGUUCCAUCACGUUCACGUCAUGGGCUACACUCUGGGGGCGUGGCUGAUGGCUCUGAUCGUGUCCACCGCGGUCUACUGUGCAGUCAUGCCGUAUGCUUUGCUUGGUGAUGCUUUUCUGAAGGCUCUCACUCGAAUGCCCUUUGCCAGCAGCGCCAAUGGGAAGCGCGACUAA